AUGGUGGACGUCUUCAGCGGGCGGCUCCUGAUCAACAGGGACGGCCACGCAGUGGACCCCGAGCAAGCCCUGGAGAACAAGGUGGUGGGCUUGUACUUCUCGGCCGCGUGGUGCUCCCUCUGCCGGGAGUUCACGCCCACGCUGUGCGACUUCUACAGCGAGCUGGUGGAGGACGCGCACCCAGCGGCGCCCUUCGAGAUCGUGUUCAUCUCCUCGGACCGCAGCGCCGAGGAGAUGGUGGAGUACAUGCGCAGCAUGCACGGGGACUGGCUGGCGCUGCCUUUCCACGACCCUCUGAAGCAUGAGUUGAAGAAGAAAUACAACAUCACAGCCAUUCCUAAACUUGUGAUUGUUAAACAAACUGGUGAAGUCAUUACUGAUAAAGGAAGAAAACAGAUACGGGAAAGAGGGCUCAAUUGCUUCCGAAACUGGCUUGAAGGAGCAAAUGUCUUUCAAAAUUUCUGUAGCUGAACUAAGUUGCGGUUUAUAGACAGGACAGAUUUGGUAUGCAUCUGUAUCUCCAGAAUUCGACUGUCACAAGUAGGUUAAAAGAGAAAGACAUUCUCUUUUUCCUAGUAUUAUUUUGCUUUAUUUCAAAU